AAAGGAAAUUGCACCUUUAGGUCCACCCGAUGAGAAUUUUGAUUACAAAUCAUGGGACGCCACGAAGAUGGAGAAAGACACUACAAAGGUGAAAGGAUCAGAAGGACGCCAUAGUGAACUAACUAUUAAAUCAAUGGACACAGAAAAAAUGGAUAUGGUACAGAGGUAUUUGGAGAAUGUGCCAGAGAAGUGCAGUGUGAUUACCGAUGCAAGUGACAGCGGUUUGGGAACACGCACUGCUGUGUCUGAAGAGGAAACAGAAGACGGGAGAGAUCCCAAAAGACUUUGCCUUAGAGAUCUGAGGAAAGAAUCAAUUAACGAACUGGAUAGGAGACUUGGUGUUGAUAGAGUUGGGUCAGAAAGGGUUUUUCAGUUUUUCGGUCUUAAAUCGGGCUCCAAGUCUUACAGGUAUCGUUGUGUUUCUCGGAUUGCACAAAGCUUUCCUGACACUCCUGUUGACCUAAUAAGGCAAUGUUUCGAGGCUCUGCAAAUGUACGAUCUUGUUGAUCUUCUGGAAAAGGCGGUGAAACCAAUUUCACUUCAUCCUGUCCUUUCCCCAGAAGAACUACAGACUUUACGGACUGAUAAUCUUCCCACAAAGUGUCACAACAAUGUGGUGGUAUUGGUAGUGAAUGACAGUACGGACAACGUCCUCAACCAAAAGAUUGAGGCAUUCUUUAAAGAAUUGAAUUCGCAGAACGUUGUCACAGUGAUUGAAUCUUCUUCCUCAAAAGAAAACCGCAAGGCACUGAGUGAUUUGAAAAUGAAGCGCAUGCAGAAGGAAAGACUUGUUUUAGAGGCAAAGGAGUUGAUAUCGCCUUCUAAUUAUAUCAGAAGAAAACAAAUGCAGUGGAAAGAACCUUUUCACAGCAGUCGUACUGGGAAUUUUUUUCGUAAAAUCGAGAAUGACGUCGAAGAACUUAGCAAGCAGAUUGAAAUGGACAAACCGCUUAUGGAGAAACUACUGAGAGAGACUGAGAAGGCCAAGACGAUCACAACAUCUGCUAUGGACAACUGGAUUCAGAAUCAAGAGAAAUUCACCGCGAUUGUUUUAGUGUUCGUCAUCGAUGAAAGGAAAUCAAUUUACAAUUAUGAUGAUCUAGCAGAAUGCGUGGCGUCCAAGUUAACAUCGCUUCCGCAUCACACGAAAGUGGUGGUUGGUGCUCCUAGGAGCAUAAUCAUUGAUAAGGUUCCUGAGAUUCUUUCUGUUGGUUCUCCAGGCAUGCCACUUAAAUCUUCGAUCUAUAAUUCGAUGAUCGAGAUUUUCUUCAAACGAUACCAUCAAUUGGAUCUCAUUUCAAUGAUGAGAGAAUUAAAAAGAACUUGUCCAGAACUAAAUCCAGAGCGACGUAUGGAUGUUAUUCGAAGCAAUCUUUCUACUCUUCCAAGUUUUGAGAAAAGAAAAGCACAGGAGCUCGAGCAAAGCUAAUCAUAUGUGAAUUAAACGGAACACUAUUUGAAUAAGAAAUAAUCAUCUACAACUAAGAAGGUACAAUAAGGGACCGGUCAUCCGGUCAUUAGGUAUCGCCUAGGGUGGGGGAUAGACGAUUUUGGUUGUGUCACGAUGAUCCUGAUCCCCCGAAGGCUUUGUAAUGUUAUUAUGAUCCCCUUUUCAUUGGCAGUCAAUAAGCAGUCAGUUUUGCAUGGUCCCCUUUACACUCUGUUGGUAACGACUGAUCCCCCUCCGUUACCCUCCUGGAAACCUAAAAUCCCCCAAAAACCUUACACCCCCUUCCCAGGGGAUGGUUCCGGUCUCCAACUGACUGUUAAGCUCCUUCCUAAAGUUGUAUUUUCCUUGUUUUCAAGUACCGAGGAAACUGUGACUUUAGAUUAAUCUUAUCUUUGAAAUAUUUAUUUUUUCUUGAAUUAGGGAGGAAAUGCUAUUUACAUUCAGAGAUGUUCAUCAUGCUAUUGCGAAAAAAUUUAUUUGCAAAAGCACGACAAAUAAAACCUGGGUAGAGAAUAUACCUGAAUCUUCAUUCUAGGGAAUAUUCUCGAAAUUUUUUUUUCAUAAUUAUCGCCUAGUUGAUAUGAAUUAAUGUUGACUCUUUCCUAGAGCUGAGUAGUAGAGCGGCGGAGGUAUCAAAACGCAAAAACUCGAAGAACUCAAGCAUGAGCGUACGCAAGCUAGUUUUCUCUGUACUGGCAUUUACGUCUUUCUUCCGCUUCGGCGCUUUAUUCGCUGUGUUGCCUCUCUAAGCAAAGAAGAGAGAGAAAAACCUCUAGUGUCUUAAGAGGUUGUCUUUUAUUAGAAAAACAAUUGUCGAUAGCUUUUUAGGGUAGGUACAGAAUUCAUUUAGCAGACAUUUAUCACACGAUGUAACCGUGCAUCCAAAGUUGAUCAUUACAAACAAACAAUAGUUGAGAUAAAUAUAAGAUAGCAACAGAUUAUGAUGCAAAAUUCUGCUUUGGAGACUAGUUUAGAUGUGUUAAUUGGAACUUUGUAACAGCAAGGCAACAAUGUUUUGUAGAAAAUGA